CUAUCUUUGCUCAGAUUGUCUGACUGUCUAAUUUUUAUUUUUAUUUUUUUAUCCAGGUACAACAGUGCUAAAUAUAGUAACUGUAGGAGAAAAUUCUGACAGAGUAAUCGCUUUGUAUAAAGCUACUAUUGAGCAAUUCCAGAGUAUGGAAGGCUUGUAUUUUGCUAAAAGUUGUGUUUUCAUUGAUGAAGCCGGUUUUAACCUGCAUACUCAGAGAAAAUUUGGACGUUCUUUAAAAGGUAAAUCUGCAAAAGGUGUUACAUUUACAAUUUUAGCUGCAAUAUCUCAAGCUGGCACCAUAGACAUAUCAGUUAAAAAACCAGAAGUAACCUCAGCGAAAAAAAGAAAGGCUGAUGGUAGGGAAGUAAAGGUAAAUGCACGAAGGGCCAUUAUAUUGUUAUGGAUAAUGCACCUAUUCAUAAGCCCAAAGUGAUUAGAAGAGUGAUUAAAGAAAGAAGCUACAAAUGCCUGUACUUACCAUCCUGUUCACCCUUUUUAAAUCCAAUCGAG